AAAUUAAUAUGUUUGCUGCUGCUACCAAGAGCUUUGUUAAGCAAGUUGGAGAUGGAGGGAGAUUAGUUCCUGUUCCAAGCCUCAGUGAAGCUGACAAAUAUCAACCUUUGAGCCUUGUGGUUAAAAAGAAAAGAUGCUUUUUGUUACAGAGAGCUAAAUUUACCUCAACACCAUUCACAUUGAACGAUAUUCUCCUAGGAGACAGAGAAAUUUCAGCUGGUAUCUCAUCCUACCAAUUACUGAAUUAUGAAGAUAAAUCAGAUGUUUCCCUCUAUGGAAGACGAGGAAAUCAUAUGGUGAAUGAUGUUGGGAUUAACGUUGCUGGAUCAGAUUCUAUUGCAGUAAAAGCUUCAUUUGGUGUGGUAACUAAGCAUGAAGUAGAAGUAACAACAUUGCUCAAGGAACUUACUACUAGAAAAAUUAACUUUGAUCACUGCCUAAUCCGUCAAUCAAGGAGUAGUAGAAAGGCAGUAUUGUGUGUGGUCAUGGAAAGUAUUAGAACAACACGCCAGUGUUCUUUAUCUGUGCAUGCUGGAAUGCGUGGGGAAGCAGUGAGGUUUCACAUUAUUGAUGAACAAAACCCAAAAGGAAGAGACAAAGCUAUUGUUUUUCCAGCACACACAACCAUAGCUUUUAGUGUUUUUGAACUUUUCAUUUAUUUGGAUGGUGCCUUUGACCUUUGUGUCACUUCAGUGUCAAAAGGAGGAUUUGAGAGAGAAGAAACAACAACAUUUGCAGUACUCUACAGAUUAAGAAAUAUACUGUUUGAACGAAAUAGAAGGGUGAUGGAUGCCAUUGCUCGCUCUGAACUUUAUAUGGAUGAUCUUUUCUCAGAUUACUACUAUGAUAAACCCCUCAGUAUGACUGACUUCUCCCUUAGAGAAGGGACUCAUGUCCGAGUUAAUUUACUCAAUCAUAAUAUUCCAAAAGGGCCUUGUGUCCUCUGUGGAAUGGGGAACUAUAAGAGGGAAACUGUUUAUGGAUGUCUUGAGUGUUUUUUCAAUGGACAAAAGUAUGUAAGACUUCAUGCUGUACCCUGCUUUGAUGUUUGGCACAAGAGAAUUAAAUAAAAUGAGUGCCUU